CUUGAAACAGAAAAAAAAAAAACAGAGGAUCCCAUCUCAGAAUAUUUCGUUGAGAGAAAAACUGAUUGAUAUUUCAGAUUCUACUUCUUACUCUCUCUCUUCUCUCAAUUGCCUUAAUCCUCUUUUUCCAAGAGGAUUUCCAUCUCAGUAGAUUGAUUCUGGUAGUCUAUGGCAACUCCUAAGCAUGUUAAGUUUUGCACUCACCAGAAGGUGGGAAUCCUGUUGAUAUUCUCUGUUGGCUUUGGCUUUUUCUUGCAGAGUUCAUCUUCAAGUGAGGAGACAAGGUGUGAGUCGAGUUCCAAUUCCAACAACUCAUAUUGUGGUUUCAGGAAGUAUAUUAUGGAAUCUUAUUUUGAAAAAUAUGAUAGCUUGCUUGAACCAAAUUUCCAAAACUUCAUAGUAGAUGAACUUCUUUUUAAUACCUGCAAGCUGCUGCCAGAUAAUCUGAAUCAUCUUUUAAGAGUAUCAGUUCCAUGGCGCCAUUUGAUUGGUGAAGGUUCUCAUCGCCAUAUAUCAUCAACUAUCAGAUUCCACAUGCAGCCAGAUUCCAUGUCUCAGCUACGUGCUCACUUUUGUAAAGUUAUCAUUAUUGAGAGACUGCCGACAGGAGUCUUUGCUGACCCAUUUGAGCUCCAACACCUGCUCAAGCGUGGUGUAUUUACUGAUGUGGCUGUUUUUGGAGAUACAAAUUUGGAAUUGCCCUCUGUUCUAUCGAAUCAGUCAGCUGUUGAGAUUCAUAUGAAGGUUGCUCCCACGUCCUUGUUGGGACAUAUAAGUGAACUGGAAAUCAGUGCAGACCUUCCAUUGCAUGCGCGAUAUCCUCCCCUCGAUGACAGUGGCUAUUCAGAAGUGGAAUUUGGUGAACCUGAAAUAUUCCUGCGCUGCAGCAUGGAAGAAAAUGGGGACCAUGAGAGCUGCCUACUUAUGCCAACCAAUGACAGGACAGGAUCUAGAACUGACAAUGUCGUGUGGAGAAUACCUUCAGGAAUAAGGGCACAUGCUGGCAUUGUAUCUGCUGUAACUUUUCUUGCAGCCUCUAUAUCUACUCUUUUAAUCGUCCUAACAUCCAUCUUUUAUUCUGAUAGUAAAUUGUGCAACAAUCUGAAAGAAUCGUAGUUUUGUUAUAUACUCUUGCCGUGAACAAAAUUUUUGUAUAAAACUUUGUGGAGCAACAACUAUCUUCCUGGAA